AUGGGUAAACGACCACCAGCACCUUUAUAUAUCAUACGAAGCCACGAGAGUAGUAUCUCCAAGGUUUCAUUUAAUAGAAACUCAGAUUGCAUUUUAUCUGCGGAUGAUGAUGGUGUCGUAGUCAUUACGUCAACAAAAACGAUGAGAUCUUCGCGGCGGUGGAAAGCACACGAGAGCGCUGUACUCACACUAGAAAUAACAGACGAUCAUUUAUUAACGCAUGGCAGGGACAACUUGGUAAAACUCUGGGAAAUCGGCGAUAUACAUACCGAAGAAGAUAUUAUACCAAAUUUGAUUGAUCGGUUUCAUGUUAACGCGCUCAAUUUCUGCAAUGUUAGUCUCUGCGUCGGUCCUCCAACUUGGUUGGCAGCACCUCAUUUGACGGAUUCAUCGACGAUUGAUAUUUGGGAGAUACCAUCCAAAGAGCGCAUUUUCAGAUCAAUAGGUGGAGAAGAACGAGGUGUAGAUGGUCGUGGAGAGUCGAAAACGGGCUUGUGUAUGUCUUUGAAGUUAUACAGACAUGCAGACACCCACAGAUUAUUGGCGGCAUAUGAAGAUGGUAGUGUGGUUCUAUAUCACCUCGAGAAUAUGACCUGGAAAGAGCUGUGGCGAGUAAAGAAGCACAAUGAAGCUGUUAUGGGAUUAUGCACAACUAGUGAUCUAAGAUACGCAUUCACAGUUAGUGUGGAUAGAUGCAUAGUCAAGUACGACCUGCAGGAAUAUGAGAGCGAUGAGACGAUGAUAAUUGACAGUUCAGAAAAAAUAACCGAACAUACCGCCAAGAUGCCAAUUACGAAGAGCUAUACAACACAAUCAAAUGGUCAUUCAAGUAUCUCUGUAAGGAAGGAUAGUAAGAUAUUGGCAGUGGGCUGCUGGAACGGAAGCGUGGAACUUUACUCAGCGAAAAGUAUGAAAUUGGUUGGCGUACUUGAUUUACACAGACAAUCUGUCUCUUCACUGGCCUUCUCAACAGUUGAUGAAGACACUAGCGAGACAGAUGAAGACAACCUCAAUAGUGUUAUUGAAGCACCCUUGUCGAGCUUGUUACUUACAGGCGCACGCGAUGAUAGAGUUGCGAUAUAUCAAAUAGACUUGUGAACGACAGUAAAAUGCUUUAUUUGAAAUAGACUAAGCAUAUAAAUGAACAUGUAUAUCAAUAACAAAGGAAUGGUUCAGUGGUAAGCGUAAAUAUGUACAGGUAUCCUUAUUGAAAUUAUCGCGCUAUCUUCGUUAUAGCCGGGAUUAUUAGCUGUUGCUAAGCAUAUUAUUCGACUUCAGCAAGUUAUAAUUCAAUUUGCAUGUCCUUCAUGCGAGUUGUGACUACUGUUCUUGAGCAGAUUUGAAUUUGAGUGGUUGUUCGAGCUGUUGUCAAACAGAGGAGCAACAAACUCAUCCAGAAGGAGUGUGGAGUUUGGUCUCGUAGGCGAGUACAACGUUUCUGGUCUAGUAGGUAAAGAUUCAGAAUCUGUCUUACGAGGUCUUGGUCUCGGUCUCGGUACGGCUUUCUCAACAUCCUGAACAUCCUCUUCUUCAAUCUCAUUCUUUGUGUUCGGCGCCUUCUUGUUAUAGCCGUGGUAGAAAUCUUCUGGUAAGAUUGUCUCUUCUCCUCAACAUUAGGCUUGCGUUUCAGAACUUGUUGAGUUAUCCAAACUGCUAUCAUGAAAACGACACAUGCUGGGUAUCUUAUAAGCUAGAGCGAUAUUAUGAUAUGAGGACAUACCACCAACGACGAUCGCGACUAUAAUAGCAGGGAAAUACUUGUUUUUAGGUUCUAUUACACUGCUCAUCUUUCAUUCAUUCAAUCGAAGGUGGAAAACAAGAACGUCCUUAGUUACGCAAUGAAGGAAUUUUUUGACAUUUUCGCA